AUGAGCUGCCCUGAGUCUCAGAAGACUGGGAUUGGUGGGAAGAAUGCUGAUUCUCCUCAAAAACAAGUUAUCUUCAGAAAAAGCACCCGUGACAAAGCUCUGACCAUCUACCUGGGAAAGCGGGACUUCAUUGACAACAUAGGGAAUGUGGAACCUGUAGAUGGUGUUGUAUUGGUGGAUCCUGCUAUUAUCAAGGGGAAAAAAGUGUUCGUGUCCCUCACCUGCGUGUUCCGCUACGGCCAGGAAGACAUCGAUGUGAUUGGCCUCGCCUUCCGCCGGGACCUGUUCUUCUCCAGGGUCCAGGUGUACCCGCCUGCUGACAAGCCAGAGUCUCUCACCCUCUUGCAGGAAUCUCUGCUAAAGAAGCUGGGGAAAAAUGCUUAUCCCUUUUUCUUUACAUUUCCAGAUUACCUGCCUUGCUCAGUCUGUCUGCAGCCUGCACCCCGUGAUGUUGAUAAGACUUGUGGGGUGGACUUUGAGGUGAAAGCUUUCUCAACAGAAAACGUGGAAGAGAGAAUUCAUAGGAGGAACUCUGCACGUCUGCUGAUCCGUAAGGUGCAGUAUGCUCCAGAGAGCCCAGGACCCCAGCCUUGUGCAGAGACCACCUGGCAGUUCUUCAUGUCCAACAAGCCCCUGCACCUGAAAGCCUGCCUCAGUAAAGAGGUAUACUACCAUGGUGAGCCCAUUCCAGUCACUGUCACCAUCAACAACAACACAGAGAAAACAGUGAAGAAGAUCAAAGUCCAGGUGGAGCAGGUGGCCAAUGUGGUGCUGUACUCCAGUGACUUCUACACCAAAGUGGUGGCUGCUGAGGAAGCACAGGAAAAGGUGCAGCCAAACAGUAGCCUGACCAAGACACUGAUAGUUCUGCCCUUGCUUGCAAAUAACCGAGAGACACGGGAAAUAGCUCUGGAUGGAAAACUGAAGGAUGAGGACACCAACUUGGCUUCUAGUACCAUCAUUAAGGAUGGAAUAGACAAGACAGUGAUGGGGAUUCUCGUUUCCUACAAGAUCAAAGUGAAGCUCACUGUCCCAGGCAUACUGGGAGACCUCACUUCCAGUGAAGUGGGCACAGAGCUGCCAUUUCGUCUCAUGCACCCCAAACCUGAGGAAAAGAACCCAGCAGGGAAGGAUGGUGAAGCAGAGCUGGUAUUUGAGGAGUUUGCUCGUCAGAAGCUAAAAAAUACACCUGAUGAAGAGGACAAGAAUUCACCCUCAACCGAUGAGUGAUUAAAAGAACAGGCUGACAAAGGAGCUAUGUUGUCUGGCUUCAAUUACAAAUGUAGGACCUAAGUUUCUAGUAAUCUGCAUGUUCUCAGUUCAUACAUGGUCUUCCAGGGGUCAGCCCUGAGGUCAGUGGGCAUGACAUCAGGAACCUUUACUGCUUAUUGCAAGAUUCACCUUGAAUGGGGCAAACACAACACCUGGUUCUCACUCGAGCUACCAGAGGAUGACAUCUGCCAUAUCUUGACUUCUGCUUUCAGGGCUGCCUAAUAAAAAGGUUGUUUACUUUCAGCACUGGU